GCACAUGCGCAGUGGAGGCGGAGUAAUUUGUUGAUAUCCUGCUUGGUAGUAUUCAUUUAGACUUUGGUGUUUCGGAGCCACAUUCACCCCCAGCGCAGGGGCGUCGUUUGCAUUGGGCACCACAGUUCACUGUAACGUUAUCUAUAUGAAGGGCUGAUGGAAGACACAAGGGAUUUGGCUGAGCGCACCCCACGUUCAGAGCGCAAGCGGAGAGACUCGUUCGGGAUGUUCGAUGGCUACGACAGCUGCAGCGAGGAGUCCACCAGCAGCUCCAGCUCAGAGGACAGCGAGGAUGAGGUGGUGCCCUCCAUCCCCGCCAGCCUGCCCAUCAUCAAGAACAAUGGCCAAGUGUACACCUACCCCGACGGCAAAGCUGGAAUGGCCACUUGUGAGAUGUGUGGAAUGGUUGGAGUACGAGAUGCUUUCUACUCAAAAACCAAGCGCUUCUGCAGCGUGUCCUGCUCCAGGAGUUACUCCUCAAAUUCCAAAAAGGCUAGCAUCUUGGCAAGACUCCAGGGCAAACCACCGACGAAAAAGGCGAAAGUCUUACAGAAACAGCCUCUCAUGGCCAAGUUGGCAGCUUACGCCCAGUACCAAGCAAGUCAACAGAGCCAGGCCAAGUCAAAAGCAGUGGUCCCUGCUGAGAGCUUUGACUGGGGUCGGUAUAUCUGUAGCAAUAACACAACCGGAGCUCCAGUCAGCUGUUUCAAACACGCCCCUAUGGGGACAUGCUGGGGAGACAUAGAAGAAGGAGUGAGGAUUGAAGUGCUCAACUCUGACACCAGCCUCUCCACUAAAGUGUACUGGAUAGCAGAAAUUAUUAAGCUAGCAGGGUUCAAGGCUCUCCUGCGGUAUGAGGGCUUUGACAACGACACCAGUAAGGACUUCUGGUCUAAUCUCUGUAUCCCCGAGGUGCACCCGGUUGGAUGGUGCGCUUCAAGUGGUAAACCCCUCGUACCUCCAAAAAGCAUACAGCAUAAGUACUCUAACUGGAAAACCUUUCUCGUGAAGCGUCUCACUGGAGCUAAAACACUGCCACCUGACUUCAACACCAAGGUACAAGAGAACAUGCAGUUUCCCUUUAAGAAGCUGAUGCGGGUAGAGGUGGUGGAUAAGAACUAUCUGUGCCGGACACGGGUGGCACUGGUGGAGCAGGUCAUUGGAGGUCGCCUCAGGCUGGUCUAUGAGGAGAGCCAGGACAGGUCGGAUGACUUCUGGUGCCACAUGUUCAGCCCCCUCAUCCAUAAUAUAGGCUGGUCACGCAGCAUCGGACACCGCUUCAAACGAUCCGACGUCACAAAGAAAAUCGAGGGUCAGGUUGAUGCUCCUGCACAGUUCUUCCAGAAGGUGAAAGACGUGGACCAGAGUGGGGAAUGGUUCAAAGAUGGGAUGAAGUUAGAAGCCAUUGACCCCCUCAACCUCUCAGCUAUAUGUGUAGCCACUGUAAGAAAGGUGUUGGCAGACGGGUACCUCAUGAUCGGGAUCGAUGGUUCGGAGGCAGUGGACGGCUCAGACUGGUUCUGCUACCACAGCACCUCCCCCUCUAUCUUUCCUGUAGGCUUCUGUGAAAUCAACAACAUUGAACUCACGCCCCCUAGAGGGUACACUAAACUGCCAUUUAAAUGGUUUGACUACCUCAGAGAAACGGGUUCAAUAGCUGCUCCUGUCAAGCUCUUUAACAAGGAGGUUCCCAAUCACGGUUUCCGGCAAGGCAUGAAGCUGGAGGCUGUCGACCUGAUGGAGCCACGGCUGGUGUGUGUCGCCACGGUAACGAGGAUUGUGCACCGGCUACUGAGGAUCCACUUUGACGGCUGGGAGGAUGAAUAUGACCAGUGGGUGGACUGCGAGUCGCCUGACCUCUACCCUGUGGGCUGGUGUCAGCUGACGGGCUACCAGCUCCAACCCCCCGCCUCACAGGGUAACAGGGAAAUGCCUCAGUCUGUACCUAAGCAGAAGAAGAAGGCCCAGCAGUACAAAGGACAAAAGAAAAAGAGGAAGAUUCCAGUUGGUCGACGGCCCUUCAGUCAGGCAGGCAGGAGGAGGAGCAGCUUCUCGGGGGACGAAGAGCAGAGUCCGCCUCCUUACCCUGCCCAGGGGCCCACACGGCCCCGACCCCGAACCCACCUGCACCAAACCCACAAAUCAGAGUCGCUCCUGCGAAUGAAAGAGGAGACGGCCGAGGUGGACGAGUUCACCUUCUCACAGGGGACCUCCGACCAGGAGAGCAACGGCUCGGGCAGCUACUACAUCAAACAGGAGCCCUGAGGUCACAAGGUCAGGACGGAGCAGGACGAAAACCAGGCUAGGACACACCUCUGAAAAACAAAAACAAAAAAAGUGAGGAUCAGGAACACGCAGAGUCAAACUUGCAGCCAAUCACACUCAGACCAACGCCACGCCUUCUACGGAGUCCGUACAGGAAGAGGAGACGACGAGGAGAGGAGGAGGGUCGUUUUCAUUCCUCUCAAAAAUCCUGAAGGGAACAAUUUUCUAACCUUGUAGCUGUGUGUGCACAUAAUCACCCACAAAACCUGUAUGAUGGAGGGGUCGGAGAGCACCCCGGGGCGGGCCUGGGUCACACAUUUGGGCAUUCUCUCUCCACAUUCUCUCCUCAAGUCUCAAACGCAUCCAGCUCGGACAGGAGACGACGCGGUGGAUUUAAAACAAAACAAGCCUUUAUCUACAGAAACGAGGGGCGUUUCCUGCAAGUCCACAUCAGCCCACCCUGCCUCUGCCACAAUCUGGGCCGCGCACAGAGACCUGUAGAAACUGUGAGAACCAUUUUAUUGAGCCAGGUCUUAAGUUUAGUUUUAGUUUGGGUUUGUUUUCAGGUCAGAGUCAGCCACUGAGCGGCCUGAGGGGAAGCAGAGAGGCUGGCAGUGAGACGGACACCGAUGUAUAUUUUUAUUCUUUUCUUCUGAACAAUAUUGCCAGGUGGACUUUUACUUUGUUAAUAGUACUUGAAGUUUAUUUUUUUGUUUCUUUUAUUUUGUAAUGAUUUGGAGUUGUUUUUGUCUUCAUGUACUUAUUUUACAUUUACAUUUUUGGGUGGCUGUGUUGGGGAGAACUUAAUGUGCAUUGUUUCAUAAAGUGAUUAUAUUCAUAUAGUAUGUGGAGACCUUUUCAAAUAGAACUACAGAGUAUAGAUAUUAAGGGUUGUGAUUUGAAGAGCGCUUACUCAGCAUUACUGAUCUUUUUGUUUUCUUUGGUUUCUUCUGAUGUUAGCCUGCAGAUUUCCACACGCUCGCUCCGCUUUCUGAUCCAAACAUUACAGAAUCGGAUUCGAUGAUAGUGUUCAUGCGCGGGGCUCCAUCACCAGCACAGCCUGCAGGUUUCACACUGUAAAGCUUUAGAAGGAUUCAGUUGAGGUAUCAGAGAAGCAUUUCAAAGUUUCACCUUAAAUCUGCAGCCGUCAGCCCUCUUAAUUUCUUAUAUUGAAUCGCAGAAAUCCUCGUGCACAUCGCACUGGACUUCCUCUAUAUCCUUCAGCUACAUGAAGUGGGUGUCGUGGGGAACGUCUGAUUUUGAGCUCUAUCACCUCUCAAAAGUUCGACACAGCCUUUCCUUUCACGGGUCCAGCUGAUAAACCUGCAGGUAACUCCAGAUUACACAAACCAGGAUAAGCUUAAUGAAGAGAGAGCACAUAUCUGACAAGGGAACAGUGUUGGGAGACUUUGACAGCUCAGUGUGGAGCUUUAGGGACCUAUCGCAGUAAUCAGAACUCCCACAGUACCACUGACUGUGAUCAACAGUGCUGACGAGCCCAGCAGAUACGUGUUAUCAUUGUGGAUGUAUAUCAGAGGCUUCGUGUUAUAAUGUUGGACAGAAAUUCUGAAGCUGUGGAGAUCUUUUCUUUUUUUUUUUUUUUUUUUUUUUUUUUUUAGUUCAAAAACUAGGCAUGGUUUUAAAGAAAGGAGAAACAAAUGAGCGUAAUGUGAGUGAGCAGCAGGGUAUGUUGUAUAAAGAGAAACCUUACUGGUAUGAUAGGGUACACUCUGUUAUUCCCACUGUCCGGACACCCAGCAUGUACAGUUUGGAUGUAGCUGCUGUCUGAUCAGACGACAGACCAGACAGACAGACAGCGGUCUUGUUUCAGCCAAACUGUACAGUGUAUUUAAAUGUUGUGGAUGCUCUCGGAUGCAUACCGUCAAAGGUUUUACUCGCAGCAGUGAUUCAGACAGCAGAGACAGGUUUCUGUUCUUUGGACAGUGUCUGCUGUAUCGACAGCCAGAGGGUACCCAGGUACCCGUCUGGAACUCCUCCUCAUUCAUACGGAGUCUGGAGUCUGCCACCAGAAUAACUACACUUAGCUACAUGAGUGUUAAAUUAUAGCGUUAAUUAAAAAUGAAAUGACAGAAUAAUUUUUUUUAUUUUAAGGAAGAACAUCCAACAUAAUGGCUCUACGUACAGGAGCUCUAAUUGGCAAGUUGUUGUGCGUUAACAGAACUCUGGCCAAUCAGAAAGCCCAUUGUCUCUGUGGGUUGGACCAUACACGAUAUUUAGGACACACACAACUUUUGAUUAAUGACUUAAUGGAAUAACAAUCUAAUCCUUAAAAGUAUUUUUAUUUAGUGAUUCCAUGUUUAAAUUGAUCUAAAAACAUCCCAAUGCGUCACUUCUAUGUAAGUUCAAUCAACGUAUAAUUGCCUUUAAAACAUUUUGAACAUGUAGUUUGAAAAUAAUCAGACGCUGUAAACUUGGCACACUCCAGCCUCCGUAUGUUCAGCGUUCGUAGUGUCUCUGGUUUCUGGGGUCGGCGCUGAGAGGUCGGCCUGCUGCCACGUUGAGAGAGAGAGAGAGAGAGAGAAGCAGGAACUCGUUAUAAACCAUUUCACAAUCGAGCAGUUUCAUCGUCCGGAUAUGUUAAAUAUUUUAUUAGGGUAAUAUGCAAAGCACUAGUGUUCUUCUAUUGCUUAGGCUGUUCUCGUGUCAGAGCCAUAUGUAUGCAAGCUAGUUUAUGAUUCACCUGAGCCACAGAAUAACAGGAUUGUUGUUAAUAAUGAAACGUGAACAAUGCACUGCUUUUCCAAUAGUCUCUGAGGGCAGCAUUCACAGAAGAUGAAACGUGGCAUAAAUACAUAGAUUCUAUAAAAAAAUAUAUAUAUAUAUCUCUAUCUAUAUCUAUAUAUUCUUCAUGACUAUGAUGGUAUGGAGUAACAAAUCCUGAGUAGUCAGAGCUCCACGCUUGGCCGUGGAACAGACAGAACUCCUCCUCUCAUUCUUCUUUAGAGCUAGAUGUUUUUGCAGCUGUUUAUCUACUACCUCCUGAUGCCAGCCACGUUUAGCUAAAACAAGAGUGUGACAUAGACUAUGGCAGUGUGUUAGCAUAUGCAAAUGACAAAUGAUGACCUAAAAUGAUCCACUUGAAGACUAGACACCAAACACGGAAGAAUUUUAUCACAGCACACAUGAGGUAGUCUUCUAAUUUGAAUGAUGCAAUAAUAAUAGAUCCCAUAUUAUUUUGCUAUGUUUAAAUACGACGUAUAGCACCCUCAAAUGUCAUGAUCACUACAUUAAUAUAAUUAACAUAUGAGAUAAUUUAACAAAAUGCUAUUGUAUAACUGUGAUUUUUGUGACAAGGCUUCACAUACAGAGUCCUCGGUGUGUGGCCGGAGGCUGCGCUAAAGUGCGGAGCAGAUUUAAACUCCUCAGUGACGGUCAAAGAUCCAUCAUUUAUUUCUCUUUCUACCAGUAAGGUUCAUGAUUCAAUUCUCAGGAAGUUUCUUUCUUUUGUUUGGUCGUAGGAGUCAUAACUACAGGUCUGAAUUCAGAGGUGUCUUCAUCACGUGCAUCUCGCUAUGGAAGCAAAGAGACGCCACGACAACUGGAAUCCUUUACGCUACAGAAAUUUAAACGAUUGGAUAUUUAAUUUGGAAAAAAAUUCCCCUCUUUGAAAUUUCCGGUGGGUCAUUUCGAGAGACACUUCAAAACAUGUUUGAAGUCAUUUUUUGUUUGAUUUUUCUCGUGGAAUUUGUGUUUCUAAAAAACAAUCUGUCUGAUUUUCAAAGAAUAUUGUACUUCAUUUUGAACUUCAAUCUCGUGUGCAUUCCUAAUUAUCCAGAGCAUAUCAACAAAUUAUUAUGUUUAAUUUACUUACAUCACAGAAUCACUGGCUACCUGAAAGACAAAAAAAAACUUGGAAAAAAUAAAAAUGUAAACAAAAUUUAGACAAAUUUAAAUCUGGAUUGCCAUGGUUACUUCUUGAAGUUAUAUUCUUUCAUUUUUGUGCACACACAAAAUAAUUUAAAAACUUUAAAUAUACUUUAAUAAUACUUUAAUAAUAAUUUAAAUAUUUGAAAAUGAUAUUAAAAAAUUACCUCAUUUGACUAAAAGAAUAUAUGUUUUAAAGACCUGAAUUCAAAUCACAGAAAAUGAAACUCACAGCCUUCAGAGCAAAAUAUAUCAGAGGUGUUUAAAUGUCACCAUUCUAUAUAUUAUAUAUUAUUAUUAUUAUUAUUAUAUUAUAUAUAUAUUCAGUUGUGAUUAAAUUUCACAUUCAGGUAUUUGGUUGCAUUUAGGGUUUUAAUUGUUUGGCACUUCUUUGCUUCCGUACUAUUCAAACAACAAAGGUCUUAUCCCACUCACCAUUUUGUGUAUUUCUCUGUCAGUGCUUUUUGUUGUCUUCAUGCUAAACUUUACACACACACACACACACAUACACACAAGGAUGUUUGUUGCCUCCUUUGGUUUGAUUUGCUUUUUGCAGCUUCCUGUUUUCCUUUCACUUCUUAACGGAUGUGAGAUUUCUUUUUUUAAAUUUCUUUAAUUAGUCUCCUGAUCGGAUUGGACACAGCUAAGCUGAAAUGCUGAGCUUCACAGACCAAAUGAGCAAUAAACGACAGUCUCACAAUCAUUUGAAGCAGGUCGGGUUCAGGUCAGGAUCUGUCAUAGGAGUUGUUUUCCUCUGAUGUUGGAAGGCAGAAAGAAGCAUUAAAGUAUUUUCUGACCAAACUGCAUUAAUAUCUUAGUACAUAAAAUACAAAAAGACUGUUCUAUGGACUAACUGCUGCUACCCUCUAGAUUAACCCUAAAAUAAUCAAAUGCACAAUCAACACUGUUUUGGAUCUUCUGUUUCUCACUUUUCCUUGUAGAUAUUAAACUUUCUUGUUUCACCUUUGAUCCCAGAAUCGAAAAACGGAACGAGUUUGGGCUCCAUCGUCCACGGGUAGCUGUGUAUUUAAAGUGUCUGGGUGUCAGUAGCUGGAGAUGGAAGCAGUGAGUUGAUUUUUUUAGGGAUUGGGUGCACUGAUCAACCGAAUGCAUGUAGAACAGUACGCGUUGUGCCGAUGUUGUGCUGAGCUUGUUUUUUUUUGUUGUAACCGUCUUUGGUUGUUCUUCAGUCAGUCUGUGUUUUUUUUCCUCCUCCGCUGUGAUCAGACAUGUACAGAAGCCCACGUGUGCCAUGAAAAGAAAAACAAUUACAGUUGGUGUGCGGAAAAUACUCUUGCUAAAUCCAAAUUAGUAAAAUUCUGAAAUAUUUCAAGACUGUCGGGACGCGCUGACGCUCAGUUAUAGUAUCAUAAUAUUCUCUCAUAUCCCAUAAUUUUGAUUCAAAUAUGUCACAUAUUUGACUUAAUUUUUCAAGAUUUGGACACACUGUCAUACAUUUGGUUUAGUAAGUCAAAAAGCGUGAUGUAGUGUCUCAUAGUUUUUUUUUUUUGCUUUCUGUCCGAAAUUCCAUUCCAGAUGUUGACAUAUAUCAUAAUUGACUUAAAUUGUCAUGAAAAUGUCAGAAUUCUGACCUAAAAGGAGUAUUUUUUAUCAUCCCUAUUAUGUAAAACUUUACAUCUUUUUUUUUUCUUGGCAUUGAUGGGCUUCCGUAGUGCUGACUGGUUCUGCCACAUGUGGGCAGUGAAGAGGAGCGCGCUGGAGUUGGAUAUUUGUAGUUUGUUUUUUGUUUUC